CCCUACAUGAAAGGGUGGUCGUGGGUGUCUUUGGAAAGGACGAAAAGUAGUCGGACAAGUUUAGCAAGCAAAGAGAAAAAAAAGACAAUCAUGGGUUAUUGGGCAGCGAAAACUGAAGCUUUAUUGAGAGUUUGUGCAAUCUUGCUCUUGGUCUUGACCGCAUGUUUGGUCGCCAUGGACGCUCAGACCAAGCUCAUUGUGUAUACUUAUGCCAAGAAAGCCACUUUCAGGGACUUGAAUGCUCUCCCAGUUUUGGUGUAUAUUGAUGGUGUGGUUGCUGGUUAUAAUCUGCUUCAGCUGAGCAGAUGUUCAGUCUCAGCUUGCUACAAGAGAGAGAUACAGAGUCCCCUUUUGAAGAAUCUGUCUUGGGUCCAUUUCUUGCUGGAUCAGGUUGCCGUCUACAUUGUAUUUGCUACCACCGUGGCCUCGACACAGGCGUCGCUUCUGGCGGUGACAGGGUCUAAGGCCAUGCAAUGGAUGAAAUUGUGCAACAGAUACACUAGAUUCUGCUUCCAAAUCGGUGGGGCGCUCUUAUGUGGCUACGCUGCGUGCAUCGUCCUAGCACUCACGUCGUUCCUCUCAGCAUAUAACCUCUUCAGACUCUAUUCACCAACUAAAUUCUUGCAGUUAAAGAGCAAGCAGUAACAUUGUAAUUACUGUAAUGGGGACCUAGUUACUCCAUAAUUUAUCUUUUGAUGUAAAAAUUAUGUGAGUUUUCUGUUAAAUGGAACUCUUGGUUUUAUGCAGAAAAGAAAAAGGUUGCAUAAA